ACGUAGUCGUAGUAUCGUACUGACUGUCACUGAGAAUUUGAUCUAAACAAAAUACAUUUGCCGUGUAUGCGUAUUCGUCUGUUCGAGCUGAUAAAUCAACGUAGGGCAAUUGUAGUUGUGCGGUAAUUAAGAAGUAAACAGAUCCACCUGAAUGAUUUCAAUUAAACGCAUCGCAUAAUACAAAUCAGCCGAACAAAUGAAUGUGAUUUGAAAGUGUGAGGUUCCAGUAACGAGUGCGAAUAAAGUAUUUUUCGAGUGUGUGACGUAGGGAAGAUAUAAAAAAAACGAAAAGAAAGGUAAAACACACUUGAGUUAAGUCGAGUUUAUUACUGAAAAGUGUGAGUACGUGGCUAAUUGAAUUAGGAUGCACUGCUUAAAUGCAUUUCGCAUUCGGAUGAUCAUUAUCCUGUUGGCGGUCUUCAUAUUUUGGCAAAUAUUUCGAAAUUGGCCCGGUACAGAUGAUUAUACGAAUUUAUCACGUACGGUUGGCUCUCCGGUGAUGGUGAUGGUAUUUUAUGAGGCUCUGUGUCCCGAUUCAAAGCAUUUUAUACUCAAGCAAUUACAGCCAUCGUAUGAAAAAGCACCGUCACUCAUCGAUUUUCAAUUGGUUCCCUAUGGAAAAGCAACGACCAACACAAAUCGGGACGGAUCGUUAAGCUUCGAUUGUCAACAUGGUGAAACUGAAUGCGAGGCAAACAUUUAUCAUGCCUGCACAAUUGAAGCAGUCCAAGACCAAAAAGUAUUACUAGAUAUGAUAGCCUGUAUGAUAAGAAAUAAUUUCCGGCCAAAAGAAGCUAUGAUUUCGUGCGCAAAAGAGAAUCAUCUCGACUACGAGGCAAUUGCUAAGUGUUAUGACAGUCCACACGGAGCUGAACUGUUGAAGUUGCACGGGGAAGCAACAGCAGCACUACGACCGAGGGUUUCAUUCAUUCCAACCAUAACGUUAGACGGAUCACAAGGAAGACAAGCAUCAAUACUGAAAGAUUUACUGGGUGAAGUGUGCAAAAUUGUCGCUGGCCAUGGUCCAAUGCCAGCACCAUGUCUCUAAUCAAAACCUCUUCCUCGCAUAUAAUGAUCAAAGACUUUUUUAAUUAGACAAAAAACACACACGUACGUAUUAGAUGACGAUUGUCAAUGUGACAGUUUGAAGAGAACAUUUUUUCUACUUUUUUUUCUCGAUCAAAAGUGAAAGUCACGUGUUUGUGAACAUUUUGACGAGUCAUUUAUUGUUUUUUUUUUGCUCGGUUAAAUUGUAUUAAUAUAUGUGAAAUAUCAAUUCUUUUCUGUGCUCGGCUAUGAGCGCUGUAUUGUAGCGAUAACAAUUCUUAUCACCUUUUGUGUUGUUCAAAAUGACUUAACGACAACCGUGUGGUGGUUUUACUAGUUUAAACUAUUUUUUUUUCUCGUAUUUAUAAGGUGUGAAACCGACCCUUGCAUACCAAAUAUACAAGACAACUGCGAUAUUUAUUUAUGAAUUUUUGUAGCUAAGAAUUUUAAAUAAAUAACAAUGCAUGGAAGCAAAAGAAGAAAAAUGACAACAAGUCCGAAUCUUA